CUUGGCCCAUUUGAUUUCACAGUGCUUUCUUUACAUCACUUCACAAACUCGUUGCUAAAAAUCUCACUGAUUUUUCGUCUUUCGCGGUCCCAACGAACCCUAGAUCGGAUCAUGUCUGGAGCAUACGGUCAAGACGGCGGUGGCUCUGCGCCACCGUCAUAUGGAGCCAGCGGCGGAUACGGUUCCGGUGGUGGUAGUUAUGGAGGCGGAACCUAUGGAGGGGGCGGUGCUGGUGGAGGAUAUGGUGGUACGGAUGGCGGUGGUGGUUACGGAGCGAAAAACAGCGGAAACGGCGGCGGAUAUGGUGGUAACGAUGGCGGAGGUUAUGGAGGAAGGAGUGGCUACGGUGGAAACGAUGGCGGAGGCUAUGGAGGAAGAGGCGGUGGUCAAGGUGGCCGGGGAGGUGGAGGAUUCGGUGGUGGAUAUGGCGGUCGAGGUGGAGGUGGAGGUGGCGGUGGCGGAUAUCAAGGUGGUGAUCGCGGAGGUCGAGGUGGCGGUCGCGGCGGAGGCGGCCGUGGCGGCAGCGGCAGAGAUGGAGACUGGCGUUGCCCUAACCAAAGUUGUGGGAAUGUGAACUUUGCGAGAAGGGUUGAAUGUAACAAAUGCGGUGCUCCUUGUCCUAAUCCGAAUAGUUCCAAUGAACGUGGUGGAAGUGGUGGCGGUGGGGGUGGUUUUAGUAGAGGGGGAGGUGGCGGUGGCGGUGGCGGUGGGGGUUAUGGUAACAAUCGAGGGGGAAGAUCUGGGAACUAUGAUGGAGGGAGAGGUAAUGACUAUAACAGUGGAGGGGGUCGAUCUGGGAACUAUGAUGGUGGAAGGGGUAAUGACUACAAUAGUGGAAGGGGUGGUAGUAAUGACGGUAGAGGUGGUUCAUAUAGAGGUAAUCAAGGUAGAGAAGAUGGUAGCUACGGUCAAGUUCCCGCUCCUAAUGCCCAAUCUUAUGGUGGUGCUGGUGGAAGCUUCCCACCCUCUUACAAUUCUUAUGGUGGGAAUGCAAGUUAUGGAACUGAUGCAGUUCCUCCACCUUCAAGUUAUACUGGCGGACCUAAUUCCUAUCCUCCAUCAUAUGGGGGUAAUGCCGGUGGUUAUGGGGGAGAUAAUCAAGGGGAUGGGCGGAGUGGUGGUAGAUCUGGGCCUCCGUCUGGUUAUGACAAUAGUUAUGGUGCUGGUAAUCGAGGUGGAUUUGGUGGGUCUCCUGCCGAGCCCCCAGCUGCAGUGAAGCAGUGUGAUGAGAAUUGUGAUGACACUUGCGACAACUCUAGAAUCUACAUCUCAAACCUUCCACCAGAUGUGUCAAUUGAAGAAUUGAGGGAACUUUUUGGAGGCAUUGGACAAGUUGGAAGGAUAAAACAGAAGAGGGGCUACAAAGAUCAGUGGCCUUGGAACAUUAAGAUUUACACUGAUGAGAAUGGAAAUAACAAGGGAGAUGCUUGUCUUGCUUAUGAAGACCCUUCUGCAGCACAUUCAGCUGGCGGUUUUUACAAUAAUUAUGAUUUGAGGGGUUACAAAAUCAGUGUUGCAAUGGCAGAAAAAUCUGCUCCAAGAGCUCCACCUGCUUAUAACCAAGGGGGCAAUAGGGGUGGCUAUGGUGGAGAUAGACGCCGAGACAACUAUAGAGAUGGAGGUGGCUCUGGGCCUGAUAGGCGUGAUCAUUAUGGAAACCGUUCUCGUCCGUACUAGGAGCUUGGACAUUGAACGUUUUAUGUACUAUGAAUUGUGGGCUGAGGGUUUAAUUAUUUCAGUUGGCUGGUUUCUUGAACUGGAAGCAAAGAGGUAGGUUGUUCACUUACUUUGAGCAAUACCUCUUCCGCUCCUUUUUUGUUUCAAUUGUCUAGAUGGUGGGUUUUGAAUUUAGCCAGGGAUUAAUUUAAUCAUGUGAAUGUUUUUAUAGAGGCAAGUGGAUAGUCUCCCAAUUGCUUGCUGCUAAGGUAGGUGUUGAAUAUUUCAGGUGAGUGCCGCUUUCACGUAAAUGUGCCUAAUACUUGCUUGGAAAUUCCUUGUGUCAUAAUGUGGAUAAGUGCUUGCAGUUCUCGCUCAUCCCAUGUGGCAUCUGGUACAAGCGGGUGUUGGCAUUAAUUAAUAGAAUGUUUUAUGUUAGUCAUGGUUCCAUAAAUCAAUAAAUCUUAAUUACAAUGUUUAAAGUUUCAAGUAAAAUUGGUUGUUUGUAAGGAGAGAAGUAAAUCGGGCUGCCAGUUUGCUUUAAAAUUGAAGCCUUUUGUAAUCAAAUCUAUCAUGAGUUAUUCUACCGUGGUCAGUUUGAUCUCGAGGCUUUAUGAAGUCUUGUAUUUUUUUUUUUGUUUAAAUUAGCUAAGCCUUUUAGCUAAUUUUUAGCACUGAAAAGAAUUCAAUUUACUCUAAAUUGUUUUUAUUUGAAGUGUUGAAAAAACACUAUUUCUAUGAAAUUUUUCUGUGUAGAGAGUUGCAAAGAUGAUGCAUUUUUUAUGGAUAGAGCCGAUCAAGGUUUUCAAUCUAGGUUUUUUUAAAUAUUUUUUGGAGAUUAACUAGAUGAAAUAGUUCCAUAUAUUCUUUAUUAAGUAGAUCAUGAACUUGUAUUAAUAGCUUAUAGAUGUGAAAAGAACUCUUGCAUAUACUUUGUCUGAUGUAUAUAAUGCAGAAGCCAUUGGUGUUUAGUCUUGAAUCCUGUUUAGCUAUCUUAUGGUUUGCAUUCUUAUUUUAUAUUUUUAUGCUUUUGCACUGGAUUUGGUCCCUUUGUAACUGUAAUUUACCUAAUAGCCAAUAGGGAAGUCAAGUGUCUUUUGGACUUCAUAAUACGGCAUGUGUUGCUUUUGGCAAGCUAACUAUUGGAGUCCUCACUUCACAGUUGCUCUGCAAUUCAAGUUUGGUUCUCCUUUUAUCUUAUAAAAUUAGUACAGUUGCACUGCGAGUUUGUUUUAAUGUUCACACAUCUAUAUCCGGUGGCGUUUGCAUAUUUGGUACUUGCGAGCAGAACUUUCUUCUCUGGGGCUAUUGUGGGUGACAAGUGUCGUUGCUUCUAAACCGUGCUUGUUCAUUUAGUUCCUUAUCAACGGAUGCUAUAUAUUUCAAAUGUACUUUGACCCCUAUUGUAGAUUGUGUUAGCCUGUUUGAUUUGUCGGUUGUGAAUUUUUACUUUAAACCUUGUCAUUCUUGGUUUCAUGGGAUGAACAUUUGCUUCACCAGUUAUUAAAAUAUCUGUCUUUUUGACCGUUA